CGCGUGUCAGUGAAGUGUCAGCGGUGCUGCAGUGGCGUGUAACAGAGUUAUGGAGCGGACACUAUGAGAGAGUUUCGGGGCACCACACACUUCUGCAGCUCAGCGCUCUCUAAAAACUACUGUUUUUAAAGCUGUGCGGAAAACUUCCAUCCGAGCCACGGACACUGAUGGAGAGCCCGGCCAGGAGCAGAGGCUCUGCGGAGGAGGAGGAGGAGGAGCAGCAGCGCGGCUCCGGCCGCAGAGAUGGAGAGGAGCCGGGCAGCGGAGUCCAGUCUGAGCUGCUCAUGUAUCUCACCUGUCUGCCGGAGAGAUACCGGAGCGCCAAGUUCAGCCUGGCGGCGUACCUGCUCUGCUGGGUUCUGCUCAGGUGGUACCAGAAACUGAGAUGCCAGUCUGCACCUGCACAGCCCCAGGAAGCUCUUGAAGAAUACUCCCACCCCUCACAGGAGGGAGAUUUUGCUGCAGAUUCCUUGGAGAGGUUCGACAGAAGCUUAGGAGGCGGAGACACAUCUGAUGAGUAUUUUGACUCUCACUCAUGGCACAGCGACGCCCUGUCAGAUUUAACUCCAGACGGGGAGGAGUGUCUGGUUGCCCUGCUCGAGCUGGAGGAAGCGUACGAUGGUCGCAGAGCAACGGGCAGCAGCUUCCACAGUGGACAGAGUAAAGCCCGCAGGAGAGAGUCGGUGACAGCAAAAAACAGUCAUGGGAAUAAAGCGUAUCGUGGACAAACUGGUUGUAGCAGAAGGAAAAACCCAGAGAACUAUUUAGACUCAGCGCUCAGCACCAGAGAUCUUUGCUCAUCCCAUCCACAUCAAGAGGAAGUUAAAGGUGACCUGCAACAACAACCCGGUUUGCAGACAGAAACUCAACUCGACAGUUACACAGAGCCACACAGUUCACAUGUACUGAGCCAACACAACAGAAUAAAGGUAAAUACUCCACCAGACACACAGGAAGUCAAGCUGCUGGCAAAACCUGAAGAGGACAAUCCCCACAGAAACAAUGAGUCUGCAGAGGCUAAAACACACAUAGAUGCAACAGAGGCACAACAACAAGAACGGUUAGGAUGUUGUGACGUACAGGAUGUAGAAAAACAUCACAUCAGACACUGUGACACUGAGAAAAACACAGGUUUAACGAGAUCCAUCAGUGACUCUAACCAUCACAGACAGAGAGAAACUUCACAACAACAUCGUUUAGUCACUGACGACACGGCCGGUGAGAGUGUGACAGCGUGUUGUUACCAAACUCAUCAGAAAAUACACAUUCAUUGUCAAAACAAUUCAUACGUAACAGACGGAGUAAUAAAUGCACACAAAUCAAAGUGUGUGUGUACACCAGCACAUUCUAACCCUGAGAAUAAAUACACACACAGUGCAGAGGCAUGGGAAUCAAAUAACACAAACUCAGACACUCUCAGAACACAAACCAGUGCAGCUGGGGAGGAAAGCCCCAGCAGAGGCGCGUCAGAGAGCCACCCUCAGGUUUGUUAUAAUCAGGUGUCAGGUGUCUGCGUCCAGGCAGAGCAGUGUGUGUGUGCUGCCACUGUGACAGAGGGGACAGUCAAGGAAAUCUGCUCCUCUGUCACUUUUUCCCAAGAGUCCUCAGCCUCUCUCUCAUUGGACGCCGGUUCUACUGAGCAGACUGUUUCAAAAGAAUCCACUGGGAGGGAUCGAGAUAACACACGACCUCUAACGUUACAACCAUGGCACGGUCCAGGUCAAACUCAGGAUAGAAUUCAUCAUAAGUUAGAUCAGAGCGGUGCUACAAUAAAAACAACAUUUCAUAACCAGCUCCUUUCAAUAGACAGAUGUCUGACGGAGGCACAUUUAGACUCUAUAGAACCAGGACCUGACUCGUCUGAGGAAUCCUUGCAUCCUCACAUGUUCUCACAUAAUCAGCUUUUUUUAUCUGGCAACCAAGAAGCAGAGGAGACCUCCCGUCUGUUAUCAGGGAGGUUUACAGGAGGAGGUGGGAGGUUAGGAUCGUCCUGCUCUCGUCUCUGGAAAACUGAGGACGGUCGUGACAUUUUUGAGCAGAAAAACACUGUGGAAAUAGUGAGAAAAGUCAGUCUUCCACAGUUUGGCACAGCAGGGGUUUCUGACUUCAGGGAGCAGAGAGUCAUUCCAGAAGCAAGUGUCAGUGAUUCUUUCUUUUUGUCUCAGCAACUGCUGAACACGAACCCUGACAUAAGAGAAACAUCAACACAUGCAGACGCUGGUGAGUCCAGACAGGUUGGUAAUGGAGAACGACCAAGUCCAGGUCCAGAUACCAUUUCCCAACAAACCGGUGUCAGUGCAGUUUCAAGGCGAGUGCAGCUGGAUCUCCCUGAACCUUUGUGUAGCUUGAGAACUUCUCUUCUCUCAGACUCAAACAAUAACACCAAGGCCAGUAUUAGAAGGGUUCAGAGAGGCCAGGUCUCAGCUGGAGCCCAGAUCAGCUGCAAAGAUAAAGGACAAACAUUUUGCCCUCUCAUUGAGACAUCAAAAGAUUUGACCCCUGACCAUGUGGCAAACGUAGACGAUCCUCAGGAUAAUUCUGUGGCGUCGCUGUCUUCACUGGUCCACAGAUCCAGGAGCAGUGAGGAUGUAAAGUACAGUCAAGGCAAAGACCUUUGCAGCCAUUUAUAUUCAAGACAUGUUCAUACAGAUGAGUUAGAACAACUAACAACACAAGAAAGAACAGAGGAUACAAAGGUUUUAAGUACAUUUUGGCUCCAGUGUGCUAAUGUGGAUGAAGCCCUCAGGCCCAUAAAUGUAGAUGUGUACAGUGAAUGUAAAGAAGACAACGUACCUGAUGCAACGAUAGACAGCUUAUCUGAAUCAAAGUGCAGAGAACACCCACAGGUGAGUCUGCCAACUCCACCCCAAUAUUCACACUCCAAUAACAGCCUGAACCUUCUUACUGUGAGAGGUUUAGAGCCAAUCUGGGAGUCUGAGCAUCCAGUGGAAAAAAAAGACCCGGAAAUAAUGAGGCCUGCCGAGGACAGGGUUGUGGUUUCCCUUUCAGGGGACACCUCCAGUCCAGCAGGUCCGCGGCACCAAGCUGCAAACCCUGCUGAGUUAGAGGCCGACGUGCACAAUAGUGAAAAGCAUUGUAGACCCAUGACUGUCGCCUACGAUGCUGUGUGUUACACCUCAGUCAGUGGCAGCUGCAGUGAGUAUGAGGACGCACACUUUUCUACUUCAGACACACAUGCAGAUGUUGAUGGAACCAUCAAGAGGAGAAAAACGAAACGGAGCCAAACAGGAAAUAGAGGCUCUACGUUUUCUGUCUUUGCUAAAAUGCCUUCUUUUAGGAAGGCUAAGGGUGCAAAGGGUUGCAGAAGUGAGGAGGUACCCCAGGAGUCAUUGGAUGGAGGAGAGGGCCCCAUGUCUGAACAGGGGCCAGGGAUAGACAACUUAGAUGACGAGGUUUUUGACAAAGACCAGACAUUCCAACAGGAAAUGUCCCCAGUGGGAAACAACAUAGACAAAGAGGACUGUGGGUUUUUACACUCAACUCCAAACUCUGACCACGUCCCUCAUCUGGACAGUCAAAGCAGUGUCCACAUUGGUAAUGGUGGAACAAGCCCAGACAAUGCCCUUUUUGAGCAAGUUGAUUCACCUCACAGACAGACCUACAAGAGGAGCAAGAGUAAUGACAGUUUAAACAUCCGCAUGCGCUUUGCACAAGCACACAAGACGCUUUCAAGUCUUUUCGAGUCCCGCUCCAUUGACAAGAAGAAUGAGGAGCAGGCUUCUGUGGACACUGAUGUGGAUUCUGGUAAAAUCAAACAAUCCUGGAGGAAGCUGAAAAAGGCCAAGGAGGCAGAGCCACUUAAAAAUCCUCAGACCGUGUCGGACGGGGAAUGUAGCAGCAUCACUUCAGGACAAGACUGUGGACACUUUGCGUCCUCCCCGCUCCUGGACAGGUCCAGCAAUCCAGGGUCACUGUCCUCCAUUAGAAACCUACGCCACACUGAUCCCAUCUCCAAACGUGGAUUCUCACCAGGAAGUGGAAAUGAAAACCCACUUGGCUGCAAAUCUGAAGGUCAGAGAAGAAAGUGUUCCCCAAAUGCUGCACCUGGCCGAGCUUCACUGUUUGACGACUCUCCCGUCUUACAAACCAACCACAUCAGCCCGGGUUCACCGCUGAGUCCCAGUUCAUCUGCUUCCUUUGCUCAUCAGCACUCAGUGGCCUGUGAGGGCGUGCCUGAAAGCCCCCUACGGCCAAUGAGCCCUAAACCCAACAGCCCCAGACCAGCAGCUCAGCGUAAACUGUUUCGCUUCCCUCACUCAUCGAGGGCCACUUCUGUGUGUCCUACUGUUCUCGCUCAGUCAGUCAGUGUGGAAGGACUGACCGACCCCCCUGAGAGACCUAAGACCCUGAAACCUUCCACAAGCCCACUGGGUGUCAGCCUCAGCCUUCUGGAUGCAGCUGAGCACAGAACAGAGAGCCAGUCACACAUCAACCUGUUUGCCAUUGGCUUCGUCAGUGAUCCGGAGGGCACACACAGUGAUGGUCGACCUGCCAGCCAGACCAGAACAAGAAAGCAUUUGGACGUAGAGGGCGAAGGGAAGUCCUCCGUGGUUCUUGGUGGACUCAGGACGGGCCACUGGGUGGAUGUGGGUCGUCAUGGAAGUUGUCGUCAGAGAAACUGUACAGACGACCUUUGGAUUGAAGAGCAAAAGAAAUAUAAACGCAAAUUGGCUCGAGCCAUCAGAGGAAGCGUGGGACAGCUCAACACUCUGAUAUCAGCAGACAUGGACAAAACUGAUGACGGCGUCACCUCAGGACUCGUCAAGGCUUUCAGAGGAAUGCCGCUCAAGGCCCACUGCUUCUCACACAGCACUCCCAUUGGACUGGACUGUCUGGGCUGGAGGAGACACGUCUCUUACACCUCGGUGGUCAUUCCUGAUGGAGCAUCAGAGAAGACAGCGCUCGGAGACGAGCUGGGAAGUGAAGACGAUCUGCUGUAUGAAGACUUUCGCAGUUCUGGACAUCGUUUUGGACACCCAGGAGGAGGGGGAGGGGAGCAGCUGGCCAUCAAUGAGCUGAUCAGUGAUGGAAGCGUGGUGUACGCCGAGGCGCUGUGGGACCACGUCACCAUGGACGAUCAAGAGCUUGGUUUCAAGGCUGGUGAUGUCAUCGAAGUAGUUGAUGCUACGAACAAGGAGUGGUGGUGGGGUCGUAUCAUGGACAGUGAAGGCUGGUUUCCUGCCAGCUUUGUGCGGUUGCGUGUGAAUCAGGAUGAGCCCAUGGAGGAGUAUCUGGCCCAUCUGGAGGAGGUAAACACUGGAGAGAAGGACCAGGCGGCUCUCGGCUUGAUAUUAGGACCUGGUUUACCGUGCAAAGAGCAGAUGAGGACCAAUGUCAUCAAUGAGAUCAUGAGCACAGAGAGAGACUACAUCAAACACCUGAAAGACAUCUGUGAGGGUUAUAUCAAACAGUGCCGCAAGAGGACAGACAUGUUCACUGAGGAGCAGCUUCGUGUCAUCUUUAGUAACAUUGAGGAGAUCUACCGAUUCCAGAGGAAGUUCCUGAAAGGUCUGGAGAAGAAGUUCAACAAGGAGCAGCCACACCUCAGCGAGAUCGGCUGCUGCUUCCUCGACCAUCAAACAGAUUUUCAGAUCUACUCAGAGUACUGCAACAAUCAUCCCAACGCCUGCAUCCAGCUCUCCAAGCUGAUGAAAGUCAACAAGUACGUGUUCUUCUUUGAAGCCUGCAGACUGCUCCAGAGGAUGAUCGACAUUUCCUUAGACGGCUUCCUGCUCACUCCAGUUCAGAAGAUCUGCAAGUACCCACUGCAGCUGGCCGAGCUGCUCAAAUACACCAACCCACAGCACAGAGACUACAAAGAUGUGGAAGCAGCACUGAAUGCCAUGAAGAAUGUGGCGAGACUGAUCAAUGAGAGGAAACGGCGCCUUGAGAACAUUGACAAGAUUGCCCAGUGGCAGAGCUCCAUAGAGGACUGGGAGGGUGACGACGUGCUCAGCAGGAGCUCUGACCUCAUCUUCUCAGGGGAGUUGACCAAGUUGUCUCAGCCUCAAGUCAAAAGUCAGCAGAGAAUGUUUUUCCUCUUCGACCAUCAGAUGGUUUACUGCAAAAAGGACCUCCUGCGCCGGGACAUGCUGUACUACAAGGGACGUAUGGACAUGGACCACAUUGAAGUGAUUGAUGUGGAGGACGGCAAAGAGAAGGACUUUAACAUCAGUGUGAAGAACGCUCUGAAGCUGCGGUCACUGGCUGGUGAUGAAGUCCACCUCCUCUGUGCUAAGAAGCCUGAGCAGAAGCAGCGCUGGCUCCGAGCCUUUGCUGAUGAGAGAAGGCGGGUCCAGCAUGACCACGACACAGGCUUCUCUCUCACAGAGGUGCAGAAGAAACAAGCCAUGCUGAAUGCCUGCAAAAGUCAUCCAGCUGGAAAACCUAAAGCAGUGACCAGACCCUACUAUGACUUCCUCCUGCGGCAGAAACAUCCCUCCCUCCCCACUGCUGUGCCCCAGCAGCAGGUCUUCAUGCUGGCUGAGCCCAAGCGCAAAACCUCCACCUUUUGGCACAACAUUGGAAGACUGACACCAUUCAAGAAAUAGUGGAAAGCUGUGGAGAGGAGUGACAGAGGAGGAGAAAGAGAAGAGCCCUCUGCUCGUGCCUGAACAGACCCUUUUUAAUUCUUCCUCUUUUCUUUCCUACUGGUAACAUUGCUCUAAUCGAUGUACUGAUUUAUUGUAGAAAUGAGGAUGAAGAUGAUGAAAAGGAGAUUUUUUUGAAAGCACUUUAUAGGUUGGUUAACAAUCAAACUUGAAAAUGGUCUCAUGGAGACAAUGAGUCAAACAUGGAGCGUGGACUCUUUCUUAAUCUACUACUACUAUACCUUCAAUAAAGCGCCAGCUGGUACUAAUACUACUACUGUACUGCUGCGAGUGAGUGAGUGAGUGCGGGACUCCUGACUGAACACGAUGCCUGUCAAUGAAACCAUGUUUUUUAUUUCCACCGUUGUCUUAUUUUAUUGAUUUUGACAGAUGCCAACAGCAGCAGUGCCAGAUUUGUUUUGUAUUUUGUUUGUUCUGUGUCCGCUUCUGACAAAAAGGGAAACCGGAAAGGAUCAAGUGUUUUUGUGCUUCUCUCUGUGCAGAUAGGAUCAUUUCAGCUGGAUUUUCUUUAUUUCUUUGCAACAUUUGUGGUGUUGUGUGAACACGUCUUAAAAGACAUAAGUGCAGCCCAAAGAAGAGUCAACUCAUCACAGAUAAGGAGCUUUUCUUUCCCCACACACUCCGGCGACACAUUCCUUGAGUCCGAUCCUUGACUCUUCCUUAUAACUACCACGUCAGUAAAUAAUAAUAAAAAAAGAAACAACCAGCUCUCUUUUCUUUUUUAAUUUUGACAUUUUUAAGUGCCAUUUGAAGUGUGCCAUGGAUGACGUACGAUGACAUGCAUGGAUGUGUUGAAUAUAUACUGUGAAGAAUAUUUUUUUAAUCUCUGAAGAUUCCAGCUAUAUUUAACCAGAUUCAGGAAGUGAAGGUUUCAUCGUGCUAUUUGGCGGACAGCAUCACACACACACACACACACACACAUGCACACACAAAUACAAAUAUUAUUUUAUUUAACUGUACUUCUGAUCUCCAGUAUCCCUUCUCUGUGUUUCUGGUCUCCAGUAUAAUAUAAUGUCAGAUCAGUGCAAACCAAUGAUAUGACUCUAUGACUCUGUAUAAGUGCAUUCAGUGGAAUGUACUCCAUCCACCUUUAUGUUCGAAUGUUUUAGCUCUGACAAUAUGGAAUAUUAAACAUUCCUACGCUGACAAACGUGGCUGUCAGGUUGGUUGAUUAUUUAUUGUUUAUUUGUUUAGUCAAUAAAAUUACAGCAAGAAAUGUUCUCCAAAGGAAUGUGGGCACAUCAACAUAUUGCUGCAAUUUCAAGUGGGUAGAAAAGGCUUUGAGCGAUAGUUUGGAGUUUGUUGAAACGUGUUUGAGGAAAACAACACAGCUGCAGUGAGAACCAGCAUGAGACAGGCAUAGUGACAGCAUGCCUGUCAGCAGGACACCAAGAAAGA